AUGCGCCGCGCCGCCGCGUACGCUAAGCCUGUUUGGGCCAGGGUGCGGCGUCUGGCCGUCUGGCCGUCUCGUCGUCCCUGUGUCCCCCUUUGCUGGUGUCGUACAGUCAGUAGUCAGUACAUCGUGAUCGGACGAGCAGCAAGUCAAGGGAAGCACAAGGGCGGCCGCGGGCGCCGUCGUCGCAGAGCACCCAGCCACCAUGCACGCGCGGUCAGUUCCGCUCCCCUCCAGUUGCUCCGAGCGGUGCGGCGUGGAGCCUCGUGGAGCGCGAGUCAGGCCCCGUUUGACGUGAACUCCUUCGUGCUCGCUUGCGCAUGCCAUUCAGACGCCCCCCCUGCCACCGACACCGACAGCUGGGUCGCCGUGCAUGAACGGCACCCUGCAACACAUCCACCCGCCGACCCUUCUUGUCCUCGUCAACGUCCGCGACCUGCCCGGCCCGCUGGGGUCCAGAGGGCGCUGUCCUGCCAUCAAACAUAA